GGCUGCCUGCCCGGCCGGCCCGAGCUCCAGCCUGCCUCUCCCCGGCCACUGCCUCCCACCCGGGCUGGCAUCCCCACUCCCCGCCCUGGGUCCCAGCCCGUGUCCUCCAUCGUGGCAGGGCUGGCGAGGGGCCGGCGGACACCAGGGCCCGCCCUCCCAUCACUGAGCCCCGCUCCUUCCUCAUUUUCCUGCUGAUUCUGCCCCAAACAAACAGGUCGAGCUUUUUCCUCCGUUGGCAGCUGGUCGCAGGCCUGCGGCUGCCUUCUAAGCUCAGAGUGCUGCAGACGCCAGCGGGAGGGGGACUGGGACGCUGCUCCUGGCGCCUGGCCCUGGGGCAGGCCUGUGGCAGGAGAGCGCGCUGUGGCGCGGCAGACGCCUGAGGAUGAUGCCCCAGCUGCUGUUCAGAGAUGCCUUUUGGUGCAGGGACUUCACGGCCCACACGGGCUACGAGGUGCUGCUGCAGCGGCUGCUGGACGGCAGGAAGAUGUGCAAGGACGUGGAGGAGCUGCUGAGGCAGAGGGCCCAGGCGGAGGAGCGGUAUGGGAAGGAGCUGGUGCAGAUCGCGCGGAAGGCGGGCGGCCACACGGAGAUCAACUCUCUGAGGGCGUCCUUUGACUCCUUGAAGCAACAAAUGGAGAAUGUGGGCAGCUCACACAUCCAGCUGGCCCUGACCCUGCGGGAGGAGCUGCGCAGCCUGGAGGAGUUCCGGGAGAGGCAGAAGGAGCAGAGGAAGAAGGGGAGUGUCCUGAGGCUGCGGCCCCCAGCUCAGAGCCUCCUGUCCCCUGCAGUACGAGGCCGUCAUGGACCGUGUCCAGAAGAGCAAGCUGUCACUCUACAAGAAGGCCAUGGAGUGCAAGAAGACUUACGAGCAGAGGUGCCGGGACGCGGAUGACGCGGAGCAGGCCUUUGAGCGCGUUAGUGCCAGUGGCCACCAGAAGCAGACGGAGAAGAGCCAGAACAAAGCCAAGCAGUGCAGGGACGCGGCCACGGAGGCAGAGCGGGUGUACAGGCAAAGCACCGAGCAGCUGGAGAAGGUGCGGGGCGAGUGGGAGCAGGAGCACAGGACCACCUGUGAGGCCUUCCAGCUGCAGGAGUUUGACCGGCUGACCAUUCUCCGCAACGCGCUGUGGGUGCACUGCAACCAGCUGUCCAUGCAGUGCGUCAAGGACGACGAGCUCUAUGAGGAAGUGCGGCUGACGCUGGAGGGCUGCCGGGUGGACGCCGACAUUGACAGCUUCAUCCAGGCCAAGGGCACGGGCACCGAGCCCCCGGCGCCGGUGCCCUUCCAGAACUACUACGACCGGGAGGUCACCCCGUCAUCCGGCAGCCCUGGCGUGCCACCGUCCUGUGGCAUGAUGAAGAGGUUCUCCGGGCUGCUGCAUGGAAGUCCCAAGGCCUCGUUGGCAACUCCUGCUGCCUCCACAGAGACCCUGACCUCCUGCCUCGAGCGGAAUGAGGGUGUCUACGCAGCUGUGGCCGUGCGGGAGACACAGGGCGACCUGGUUGCGCCAGCCCAGGACUACCGCGCGCUCUAUGACUACACAGCGCAGGUGAGGCCCCGGCCCUCUGCUGCGCGGGAGGGUGCGUGUGCGGGCGAGAACGGACGCUCGCAGGCAGCUGCGCUGGGGCACGAGCGCGGGCGCAGCCCUCGGUGCUUAGGCGGCCCCAGCGCGCCUGCUCAACAGCUGGUGAUGGGGACCAGGGCCUGCGUCUGCGUGCGGGACACGCGUGGCAUGCACGUGCCUGCGCUGCCCCGCAGCCGGCCCCGUGUGCCGUGGGCACAGGCACACACAUGCAGGCAGGUGCCGGCGCCCGGGGCUGCCUGCAGGUAAUGGCGUGGGGGUCAGGCCGUGUGGGUACAGAGACCAACUGCAGCCACGAGUGAGUCCUCCCCUUGGGCCAGCACUGAUUUUCUGGUGUCCACAGGGAGAGGAUGGGCCGGGGCAGCCACAGGGUAGGGGUCCCGAGACCCCUAGAGUCCAGUCUGCUCCCUGCUUUGAGGGGAGGUGCACGGCUGGACCCCAGCUCCACCUGGGCUGAGGUGGGGCCCCGCACUUGGCUGGCUCGGGGACGCAGACCCCCAUGCCCCGGCAGGGCAGCCAGGCCAGGCGAGUGACAGGGUCCUUGGCGUGCUCUAGUGAACUGGCUGGCUGGGGCUGGGGACUGGCAGCGAGGGAGGCUGGGUGGUGAGCCGUGGAGAGCGCGACCUGGGCUCAGGGUGUGGUGAGCAACCCUGCCCCUGCCGUGCCUGUCACUGCGUCUGGAGCAGAGAAGGGGGCAGGGGAAGAACCCCAGGUGGGAGAAGCCUACGAUGACAAACUGAGGGGGACAGAAGGCAAGUCCCUUGGGGCACCCGUAUCCUAUACGUCUCCCAGGAGGUAUGGGUGUGACUCAGCGGACCCUGCCUACCCUACUGACAAGCUGACCAGGGCCCUCCCAGCAGGCCCCGCCAGCCCCAUGUGCUUUUCGUCUCUUGCCCAGAAUCCCGACGAGCUGGACAUCUCUGCCGGGGACGUUCUGGUGGUCAUCCUGGAAGGGGA